UCGAUGAGUCGAAUGUCCGAUUCAGCGAAUCAAUUUUUAUUCCAGGGCUUGCGAGCUACACACCUGCAGUCUUAUCAACUGCAUGUACAUUGACCUUAUUCAGCGAAUCUCAUAUCGCCACUUGUAUCACAAUGCACAAACACCUAACAAAAAAGAAGUCAGUAUACAGAGAGGGGAUCUAAGCGACUUCAAAGAGGCUGUUUUAUUAACAAUUAUGUCAUACAAUAUAUUAAUGAUGUGGAUUAAACUGUAAAAGAGUGCUAUUCUAAGUUUAUUUAUAGUCCUCACCCUCUAACACUGCCGUAAACGUGUUCUGAUGCUACAGAAAAGUUUGAUUCAGGUGCACGUGUGAAUCGGUUCGCCAGCUCUGUGGAAAAGAAGCGAAUCCAAGGAACCGAUUCGUUCCCUAGUCGGGUAUCGCUAGUGCGCGUAUGUGAGGGUCUUCUCCUCGGAGAACAGCCAGCCAUGUGCUCAGAGAAAGAUUUCCUCUAGUCGUCUUUUCGUGGGUUUUGAGCUGAGGACAGAGGACGCUGAUAUUUCAGCAGCUCUGCUCGGCUCUCCUCAGGCUCCCCCUCUGUCUGAGAGCCGUACUCACCUCGCCGGCUGAGAGUGGACGUGGUGCUGGUGGGGAUGGACAUCUUUUCAGUAGUGCGUGCGCUGGUUUGUCCACACCCCUCGUGAGAAGCUAACCGACGGGAAAGAGCCCAGAGCCUCGCCUGCAGCAGGGAAAGUGACUCUGGAGAAGAAGACUGAGGAGCGGGAAUUCGCACAGUUCACUUUCUGCAGCGGAAACGUUUCCACGUAACGUUAGCGUUACUUCACGAUCUCCAGGUCUUCGUGAGAUACUUGUCUGGUGCUCCUCGUCUGAAUUUUCUCCUCUCCACACGGAUUUACAGACUCGGAUUUGGAAUAACACCGAUGGCGGCAGACAUGGAGUCCCUCCAGAGCAGUGUCCACUAUGUCCCUGUCUGUGCGGCCUACGCGCCGAGCCCUUGCCAGGUCCAUCACUAGGAGCCAGUCCUUUGCCGGAGUCAACUCCUACGAUAAGCCUUACAGGAGCCUCUCUGUGUUCAGCACUCCAGCGUGUGCGAGGAAGACUCCCUCCAGAGCAAGCAGGAUGUUCACCCUUUCCACCAAGUCCCCACCUCCGAAGGUGCCCCAGCCCGAGAGGCUGGAUGAAGUCUAUGAGGCCCUAAAGAGAGGACUACAGUCUUACCUGCAGGUUCAUCAGAUGGAGCUGGACAGCUUAAACCGCCAGAUGAAGGAAUCCAAGAGGAACUCUCGGCUGGGUUUUCUUUAUGAACUGGACAAGCAAGUGAAGGUGAUUGAGAGAUUCAUGAGACGGUUAGAGUUUCAUCUCAGUAAGAUUGAUGAACUGUAUGAAGCGUAUUGCAUGCAGCGGCGGCUGCGGGACGGAGCCAAUAAGAUGGUGAAAGCCUACACAGCGUCUCCAGGCAGCCGCGAGGCUCGAGAGAGCCUGUCCGAGGCCAACAAGGGCUUCAAAGAGUACACUGAGAGCAUGUGCAUGAUGGAGAGCGAGCUGGAAAACCAGCUUGGGGAGUUCCACGUGAAAAUGAAAGGUCUGGCUGGUUUUGCUCGCCUCUGUGCCGGGGACCAAUAUGAGAUCUUUAUGAAAUACGGCAGACAGCGCUGGAAACUGAAGGGUCGGAUCGAGAUCAACGGCAAGCAAGUGUGGGACAGCGAGGAGAUGGUGUUCCUGCCCCUCAUCACUGAGUUCCUUUCUAUAAAGGUGACGGAACUGAAGAGCUUGGCUAAUCACGUGGUGGUGGGGAAUGUCUUGUGCGAGACCAAAGACCUGUUCGCCGCCCUGCCGCAGACCGUGGCCGUGGACAUCAAUGACCUGGGCACAAUCAAACUCAGCCUGGAGGUCACGUGGAAUCCGUUUGACAAGGAUGACCAAGCCUCCACAGCCAGCACGGUGAAUAAAGCUCCUACGGUGAACAAGCGUUUCUCCACCUAUAACCAGAGUCCUCCAGACACGCCCUCUCUGCGUGAGCAGGCCUUCUAUAACAUGCUGAGGCGGCAGGAGGAGAUGGAAAAUGGGACGGCCUGGUCGAACUCCUCUGAAUCCUCUGACGACUCAUCCAGCCCCCAGCUCUCCCUGGGCUUGCGCCACGCCCACAAGAACCUGGUCCAGCCUGAGCUUCAGACCUCCAACCCCGCCAUCGAAAUUUCCUUCACUCCCCGCGAAUCAGCCACCUCCACGCCCACCCGCCUGACCAAUCAGAAGGAGGAGGACGAGGAGGAGGAGGAACGGGGACUGGAGAAACCCCGGGUGACCACCAUCACGGUCACCACCGAUGCUGCUGAAAAACACGGCAUGCCAAAUGGCCACGCCCGCUACUCUCGAUCGCUGAGCCACAUCAGUGAGAGCAGCGUGGAUGCUGCAUUGACAGAAAGGCCAGUCAGCGAAUGCUUGGAGCCUUCUGAGGUGUCCUCGGUGUUGGUAACUGAACACGUGAUGGACUUGCCAGUUCGGGCUGAGCCAUGCAUGGUCAUUCCUGAGCCCCUAGAACCUGUGGCACCCAGAUCCUCUAUCUGCUCUGAAUCUAGCUCUGAGACAGCGCUCCCUGCAGUAGAGGAGGCCUGUGAUUCUGCUGCAGAAUCUGAGGAGCCCACAGUACCUUCCAGGGCCAGCUCUGCCUCCUGUACUCGCAGUGAGGAGGACUCCAUCUGUAUAUCCCCUAAAACAGAGGCCUGUUCCCAGCAGAAUGACUCUGGGCUUUCCAGGACUGAGAACUUAACACAGGCCCAAGACACGCAACUUCUCCCUGCACAGGAUGAAAAGCUUGUGGAUAGGGCAGUGGAGCAGGAAACGGUCAGUGGCCUGGAGGAGGCCCUCAACGCUGUGAUUUCCUCUCUAGACGACUACAGGGGUCAGUUCCCUGAACUGCAGGUUCUGGAACAGGAGCUCAGGCUGCUGGAGGAAGCUCUAACUGGCCGAAGUCGUAGUCGCUCCUCCAGUGUGAGUUUGACUGUGGAGACCGCUCUGGGAAGCUUUGAUUUCCUCAACACGUCAGAUCUGGAGUAUGACGAGGAGGAGGAGGAGGAUGGUGAAAGGCGGAGUGUGACAGACAGUGGCCGUGGAGUAGCGGAGGAGUGUGUGGCAGAGGAUGAAGGUUGCGAGGAUCGUUGCUGGGACGCUCCCUCUGGACCGCUAAGCACUGGCUGCCAGGCUCUAGAUCGCACCCUGCUGGUCCAUGUGCACAACUGCAGCUCCCAACUGCUGAGGUUGGGGACAUUCGGGCCACUACGCUGUGGGGAGAUGUACGCUCUGGACCGGCUGCUCCGGGAGGCUCGAGUACUUGAAUUGAUUCGACGGGUUACCAAAGAGACAGCGGGCAGUGCCGACAAGCCAGAAGAAGUUGUUCCACAGUUAGAACAGUGCCAGGGGGCAGUGUUGCUAUGGCGGCAAUGUACGGAUGGCUGCAGUGUGUUCAGCACCUCCACAGAGACCUUCCUACAGACACUGAACAACACUUAUGCCAACAGAUUACCAGAGAGAGGAGCUGGCCUCGCAGACACAGUGUUUUUGCGUUUAGUGGAGAGGAUUCUAGAGCGGAAGCUGCCGAGGCGAGGCGGAGGCACAACAAAAGAAUCUCUCACCGUCUUCCAGUUCUGGAGUUACCUGGAGGCUGAAGGUGUGAGCGAACUGGACACACACAUUGUCGAGCUGGCUGAGGAGGUGUGGUUGGUGCAGUGUUUGCAGUCUGGUGAGCAGGAUGUGUUGCUGAGAGCCCUGAAGAGACCUCCAGAGUGCAGUCUGAAGCGUGAGGGCCUGCGGGCCAUCAGCCUGCUGUUAAGGGACCCCCGGGGAAAAGUAUGCAGCAGCGCUAGCUCACUGCUGCGCAGCCUGGCUGAACAGCCACGCCACAGAGAGCGGGCGUUGGUGAGCUGCCUGGAGCUGCUGGAGGAUGAGAGUGUUGAGACUCGCGUGUGUGGAUGCAAAGCACUCGCAUGUCUAAAGGCCAAAGAGAGCAUCGAGCAGCUGGUGUAUCUGUGCCGCACAGACAAGGAGGAUGUGAGAGACGCUGCCAAACAAGCUCUGCUGGUGCUGGGUGAAGAGGGGAAGUUGGCGCAUCGGCACGUGGAAUCGGCGCAGGAUGGAGUCCCCCGCCUUUUUGCGCCUGGCAGCAUGGCCAGCACUGCAUUCUAAAUGCCAUCGUACCAGAGAUACCAACAGAAACUAUAUACCCAUCUCUCCUGUGUACUCACAGUCAUAAUUAUGCCAACAGAAGACUCAUGAUCAAACAUGCCCCCACACACUGUUAUAGACGUAGAGAUGCAGACAUCAUCGCCAUGACGACUACAUAUGAAGAUGGUGUCGAAGGUUGUAUGCACUCAGUAGACACCAGGACACAUGAAAUCUGUAUGUUGGUAAGAUACAAUGUAGAAAGAAUUCUGUUAAGAGAUCCAGAAAAAGAAUGGGU